AUGCCGGUUAGAGUUAACCUUGGAGCGCAAAUGUUUCGUCGGGCGCGAACUAGCGAACAUGAACUGUUAUCGUGGCAAGUGAUGCCGCCUAUCGCUCUCAAACCCUUGGACACUUCUUUUCGUCGGUCACGUUGGCGUCUUCAAUGCAUUUGUGUUUUCCUUUGGUUUGAAGUGUUCCGGUUCCUCAUAAUGGCCUCCAGGGAAGGUAUUGCUAAAGAUGUCACAGAACUUAUCGGUAAUACUCCAAUGGUCUACUUGAGAAAAGUUGGUCGAGGAAUGCACGGAAUAAUCGCGGCAAAACUUGAGUAUUUGAAUCCGGCGUGUUCGGUGAAAGAUCGAAUUGGAUUGUCAAUGAUUCAAUGCGCCGAGGAGGCUGGCAAGAUUCGCCCUGGCCUCACUACUCUUAUAGAACCGACGUCCGGUAAUACAGGUAUCGCAUUGGCCAUGGUAGCCGCCGCUAGGAACUAUCGCCUCAUCAUCACGAUGCCGGCAAGCAUGAGUAUUGAGAGGCGUACUCUUUUGAAAGCUUAUGGUGCUGAGCUUGUUCUCACGGAUCCAAUCUUUGGAAUGAAAGGAGCUAUCCAGCGUGCUAAUGAGCUGCAUGAGAAUAUCCCUAAUAGCUUCAUUCUUGCACAGUUCGACAAUCCGUCCAAUCCUCAAGUUCAUUACCUGACGACAGGUGCUGAAAUUUGGAGGCAAACACGUGGAAAGGUGGAUGCAUGCGUUUUCGGUAUUGGAACCGGAGGAACCAUCACGGGAGUUGGGCAGUACCUCAGAGAGCAAAAUCCCAGUGUGAAGGUCUAUGCGGUGGAACCAGUGGAGAGUCCAGUGCUUAGCGGGGGUGAUCCAGGCCCUCAUCGUAUUCAAGGUUCGUCCUAG